AGCGUUGACCUUGCUCGUACAGCAUCCUCGCAACUCCCCUCAUCCGGCCGCAUCUCACGACCUCCCCGUCCCAGCACCUUGCCGCGACGGCCGCGGCCACCACGUCCUCGACGACGCCGUCCGCGGCCGAAUCCACCACGCCCUGCCGCACUCCCUCCGCCGCGUGUCAGUCUCCCCUCUCUCUCCCAACCAGUCCCAACCCCUUCGCCGCGUCGCGGGGAGGAGGCCGGCGGUGGCGCCAUGGAGAAGGAAUUGUAGCGCCACCACCACCUGCUGGGCGGCGGGAAGAUGAGGGGCGUGGCGGUGCUGAUGGGCUUGCAGAAGCAAAACUAGUGGUCGCCAGACAUCGAGCGGUACGAGGCCUGGGAGCGGCGCCGCCGCGGCCUGAUGCGCCGGGCGCCCUCGUCGUCCUCGCUCAGCCGCGCGCAGAGCGUCACCGACGACGACCUCGACGAGUUGCGCGGCUGCCUCGAUCCGGGCUUCGAGUUCGAGCCGCCCGCAGCCACCGGCUGCGCGGCGUGCAUCGAGGGCCGGACCCGGCUGGUCGAGACGCUGCCCGCGCUCGACCUCUACUACGCCGUCGCCGUCAAGGGUGGCGUGCCCCUUCGACCAGCCCGCCUGCUCCGUCUCCGUAUUCACACCGGGGAGCGAAUUUUCCGUCGAUGGAUACCGGUGCACGGAUUGCCGACGCGGUGGGGAGAUGCUCCCAGCAGUUGGGGUGCUGGCGCCGGCCCACGCGCCCGCCUGCCGCGCCCAUUCUCGGCUCUGGCGCGCCGCCCUGGCCGGAAACGCUCCGCGCGCCCUUGGCUGGCUCCAGGUAGCAGCUGCUGCACACACGCGCUCCACAAGAGGCCGAUUGGAAGGGAAGGGAUCUCUUCUGUGGCUCGCCUCUUCCGUCCAGAGCUGGGGGACGACCCAUCACAUCUCAAUCGAGAAGCGCCUCGAAUAGUCCUACCGAAGAACGCCUCAUCGCAGCUCAAUCACCGCAUCGCAGCCAGGGAUUAAUUCCACAGUGUUUGAGAUGGGAGAGAGAUGAUAAGCGAUGGAGUUGGGAUGGGACAGAGAAAAAAAAAUUAGUCUGCUUUUUGUUCUUACACGCCAUCCAAUGGAUAGCCCACGGUGGUGUCCCAGAAUCAUCAUUGCAUACACCAAAUAUUCGCACGGUAACGGCAAAA